GCCCCUUCCCGUGCCCGCCAUGUCCCGAGGCUCCAGCGCCGGCUUUGACCGCCACAUCACCAUCUUCUCGCCCGAGGGCCGCCUCUACCAAGUCGAGUAUGCUUUUAAGGCCAUAAACCAAGGUGGACUUACGUCUGUAGCUGUUCGUGGGAAAGAUUCUGCAGUGGUUGUAACACAGAAGAAAGUACCUGACAAGUUACUGGAUUCCAACACAGUGACUCAUUUAUUCAGAAUUACUGAAAAUAUUGGCUGUGUGAUGACAGGAAUGACAGCUGACAGCAGAUCCCAGGUGCAGAGAGCCCGCUAUGAGGCUGCUAACUGGAAGUACAAGUAUGGCUAUGACAUCCCUGUGGAUAUGCUGUGUAAGAGGAUUGCAGAUAUUUCUCAGGUCUACACACAAAAUGCUGAAAUGAGGCCUCUUGGUUGCUGUAUGAUUUUGAUUGGUAUUGAUGAAGAACACGGCCCUCAGGUAUACAAGUGUGAUCCAGCAGGUUACUAUUGUGGAUUCAAGGCCACAGCUGCAGGAGUUAAACAGACAGAGUCAACCAGUUUUCUUGAAAAGAAAGUGAAGAAGAAAUUUGAUUGGACAUAUGAACAGACAGUAGAGACAGCAAUAACGUGCCUGUCUACUGUACUAUCCAUUGAUUUCAAACCUUCAGAAAUAGAAGUUGGUGUAGUUACAGUGGAAAACCCUAAAUUCAGGAUCCUUACAGAAGCAGAGAUUGAUGUGCACCUUGUAGCUCUGGCAGAGAGAGACUAAUUAAUUAGCAUUCCCAUUUCCAUCGUCUGUGCUUCUGGCCAGGAUAUUUGGUGUAAAGAAAACACUUAAUAAUGGCUUUAGAUUGUGGGUGGAAAACAGUGUUCACUAUAUGAUGUAUUUUACUCUGUACA